AUGGCGCAAGUGCGCCACCACUGCGUUACUCAUUCCGCCAACCAUUCCGCCGCUCGUUCCGCCACUAUUCCUCCCCUCGUGCGCGCGCCCCCGCCAUUUCCCAAAGCCGCCGUAGCGCUCCGCGGUACCAGCGGCGUGAAUUGCGCUACUGUAUUCACCAGGUUUGGGAGGAGUCUUAGCGAAAGCCCACGGCUCGGUUCAGGUCUGGUUCGGCGCAGCAACGCGACAGCCCUUGGGGGAAGGCUCGGAAACAGCCACGGAUGUGACAGUAACGGGGGACAGUUUGGCGGGGAAAGGGGGAAGCAUAGUGCGGGAAAAGCGAAUGUGCGUAUAACGAGGGACGUGAGGGCGGCGGUGGGGGUGGAGAUUGGCUCGUCGGCGGCUCAGGAUGUGAUUGGAACGCUGGGGCUCGAUACACUCACGUUCCUGGUGGCCACCGUUAUUGUCAUCCCCUUCUUCCGCAGCUUCAACGCCAGCCCGAUUCUCGGCUUCCUGCUCUCAGGAGUGGCGCUCAACCAGCUGGGUCUCAUCCGCAACAUCUCCGACGUUAAAGCACUCUCAGAACUCGGAAUUCUCUUUCUGCUCUUCGAGAUGGGGCUGGAGUUGUCAAUAGAGCGUCUGAGGGCUCUUGCUAAGUUUGCGUUUGGCAUGGGCCUGCCGCAGGUGCUGCUCACAACGCUCGCCUUUGCAGCGUUCGAGCUCCCCCCAGACAACGCCAUUGGCACUCGCCUGCUCGAGUGGGCUGCAUCAGCCCGCCCCGACCUGGUGAACAUCCGGUCAGUGGACGAGGCUCUAGUCAUCGGGGCUGCUCUCUCGCUCUCCUCCUCCGCCUUUGUGCUCCAGCUGCUGUCGGAGAAAGGAGAGCUCGCCACCCGCGUGGGUUCAGCCACACUUGGGAUUCUGCUGCUGCAGGAUAUUGCUGUGGUGCCUCUACUAGUCAUUCUCCCCAUCCUCGAGAGCGGGGAUUUCACCGACGACAGUCUCUUCCCACUCCUCGCAGCAGCAGGCCUCAAGUCCCUUCUAGGUCUGGGUGUGCUGCUCUACAUGGGCCGGCUCUUUCUCAGAAGGUUCUUCGAGUUUGUGGCCGAGUCGCGCAGCACAGAGGCCUUUGUGGCGCUCUGCCUCUUGACAGUCACCGGGACUUCCCUUAUAACGAGCAAGCUGGGAUUCAGUGACUCGCUCGGAGCGUUCUUGGCUGGGGCGUUGCUAGCAGAAACCAACUACCGCACGCAGGUCGAAGCUGACAUUCGUCCGUUCAGGGGUCUCCUUCUGGGGCUCUUCUUUGUCACCACCGGCACCUCCAUCGACCUCAGUCUCCUAGCAGCGGAGUGGCCCAACAUUCUCCUCCUCCUCUCUGGCCUCAUCGCUAUCAAAACUGCCAUCAUCACGGCGCUCGGCCCCCGCGUCGGCCUCUCCCUGCCCGAGUCCAUCCGCACGGGAUUGCUGCUCUCCCAGGGAGGAGAAUUCGCCUUCGUCGUCUUCGCCCUCGCCAGCCAACUUGGCGUUCUCCCAGACGAGUUGAAUCGUCUGCUCAUUAUUGUGGUCGUUCUGUCAAUGGCUCUCACGCCCCUGCUCGACUCCCUGGGGCGGUCAGCAGCGGAGGCGCUAGAGAAGCGGGAGAGGGAGUGGAGGAAGGCUCUAGGGGAGGAGGAGGAGGAGGAGAGGGAGGAGGGGUUGGUUGUGGGGGGGAGCAAGGGUCACUUCGGUGGUGCAGAGCCCAUAGUUAUUCUCGGAUUCAACCACAUGGGGCAGGUGCUGGCCAACAUGCUAUCCACGCCGCUAGCAACCAUCUCAGGGGGGUCUGGAGGAGACGCACCUGGGUGGCCGUUUGUGUGCUUCGACCUUAACCCCAAUCGAGUCAGAAUGGGCAAGCGUCUUGGCUUCCCGGUCCUCUACGGUGACGGGUGCCGCCCGGCAGUGCUCGAGUCGGCCGGCAUUCCUCGUCCGCUAGUGGCCAUCGUGGUGUACUCGGGGCGGCAGCAGUCGGUGUCUUCUGUGGAAAGACUACACGAUGCCUUCCCGGGGCUGCCUAUCUACGCCCGAGCAGUGGACGCGAGUCAUCUGGCGGAGCUGAGAAAGGCUGGUGCCACGGACGUGGUGCUGGAGAGUGCAGAGGCUGGACUCCGUCUUGGCUCCAUGCUGCUGCAAGACAUGGGUGUGAUGCGAGAUGAUGUCGUGUUUCUGCGGCGCCUCAUGCGAGAAGCUCUUGACACGGAGGCUGUCACCCGCAGCACGGGGGGGCAACGGUUGCUCAAAGACAGAUCGGAUCUGGGCGGCAGCUGGCCAGCCAAGGAGGAGGAUCUGGGCGGCAAGCGGGCGGCGAAGGAGGAUUUGGGGGGGAUGGGGAAGGAGGGGGAGGGUGGUGGAGGGAAGGAGAGUGACAGGGAAGGUGAUUUGAGUGGGGAUGAGAAGGGAGAGGUGGGUGGAGGUAAGGUGAGGGUUGGGGAGGAUGGGGAAAAGGUUGAGGGGAAGACAAUAGAUGCAGCGGUGGGAGUUGUGAGUGGUGAAGAUGAGGAUGGGGACGCUGCUAGUAAUGGUGGUAAUGGUGAUGGUGAUGCUGAUGGUGAUGGUGGUGAUGGUGGUGGUGAUGGUGAUGAUGGUGAUGGUGAUGGUGAUGGUGAUGGUGAUGAUGGUGAUGGUGAUGGUGAUGGUGAUGAUGGUGAUGAUGGUGAUGCCACACCUGCACGAGGAGGUGAUGGGUUGAUAACACGAGCUCAAGCAAUCAAUGCAGUGACGGCAUUCAUCAGCACCGAUGGUGAUGGGAAAGGGGACGUUGGUAAUAAGGAUGAAGGCGGUGAUGAUACAAAUGGUGAUGGCGCGUUGGAGGCACAGGGGGAGCAACUGGUGGAGGAGGGUACAAGCAGUGAGAUUGGGAGCAGUGGGAGUGUAAAGGCUGUUUCUGGUAGCUUGACGGGUGAGGCUGAUGUGAAGGAUGGUGAUACUCAGGUGGCAAGGGCUAGUGCUCGCCGGUUCAACAAAAUGUUUGUUCAAGGAGGGAAGCAGGAAGGUCCCCCCACCCCUUCUUCCCGCAAGUCUCGCAAUCCGCAAUCGCAAUCGUCGUCGCAAGAUCUCGACAACAACAGCGAGCCUCGUCGCUCGCGAUCGUUCACACGUCGCAGCUACGACAGCAGCGCGGCUCCCGCUGGUUCGACUCCACCCACCGACGCUUUCGCGAAAAUGCGGUUACCAACGUCGAGUUCGCUGGACGGGAAGCGGGAUCCCGCGGGUCAAUCCCGCGACCACGGCGCGCACGAUCAUCUCGUGGAAUCCCCCGAUAAAGUCACAUCGAAAUGGAGCAAAGCCGACUGGCAGGACAUUAUCAGCGCCUUAGAGACGGCUUCUAAAGGGUGUCACAAGUGCGGAGACUCCUCCGCGAAUUCCCCCCUCGCCUCCGCCUUGCGCCUCGUCUCUCAGCUAAAAGCCGGUGGCAAUCACAAUCACACCGACACUCUCUCUUCAGCCGGCACGUCGCCCAGACCUAAUCCCCGAGCCUCCCCCGGACCUCACCUCCGAGCCUCCUUCCCGGACAUGCACGGCGCAAUGACGGACGUGGGGCCGUCAGCGUGUCCGUACCUAGGCGGAAAGUUUGGGGGAGGGGGAGCGGGGGGAGACGCGGGGGAGGGAGGGCCGCGGGUGGCGGGGCUGGUUCGGACGCACUCGGGCGCGAGCAGUAACACGGAUUCGCUUAUAACGGGGACGACUCACAGCGUGGGAGCGGGAGCGGGAGGGGGGAGCAACGUGAGCGCAGCUGACCUUCUGAAUCGGCGGAUGCUGUCGAUGAUUACCAAGGCGCACGAGCUAUACGCCAAGGACACGACCCCCAACGGCAGCAAGGUGGCGGAUUUUAUGCUCUCCCAGCUGCUGGAGCUCACGCAGUCGCCUGCUGGCUUCAUCUGCAGCGCUGUCAGGAAGCCUGAUGGGGCUGUUUCUCUGAAGACCCACUCCAUCACCAACUUCGCCUGGACCAGGGAGCUGCGCCUGUGGUACACAGAGAAUGCCGCCAAGGGACUCGUCUUCAGCAACCUCAACACGCUCUUCGGCCAUAUUGUGAAGACCAGCGACGUGGUUCUCAGCAACAACGCCCCUGACGACCCUCGCUCCUCGGGCCUGCCCCCUGGCCACCCCCCCAUCCUCACCUUCCUGGGCGUGCCUCUCUUCCAUGGCUCGGAGCUGAUAGGGGCCUGGGCAGUGGCGAACAGGAAGGGGGGUUACGAGGAGGGCAUGCUGGGGGAGCUACAGCAUGUGACUAAAACGGUGGCUCAGAUCGUGGCGGGCAUUCAGGGCAGGAAGAAGGCUGCCGAGAAGGAGAAACGCAUGGUGUCCAUGCUCAAGAGCACCAUAGACGCCAUCAUAGCACUGGACGACGGCGGCACCAUCACGGCAAUGAACCGGGCGGCACGGAACCUGUUUGGAUUCACCGAAUCUGGCAGCGGCAGCAGCGGGGACGACGUGGAUGCGUCCACCCUCCCCGACACCCUUCACAUCACAGACCUUCUCGAGUCGGUUGAUGGAUCAGAAGACUUUAUAGAGACCGGCCUUGACACAUUCAUAGGGGACGACCACCCGGUGUCAGCCGUCGGGCGGCAGAUAGUGGGCGGCAAGGUCUUUUUGGAGCUAUCUGUGGCGUCAGGCGCUGCUGCUGACGUGGCGUACGUGCUGACAGCGCGUGAGCUUCAGGCAGGGGGUGGGAACAUGCAUGUACCUGGCACACCGGGUUCGGCUUACAGUGGGGGAGGAGGGAGCAUGAGUGGGGAGAUGGCGGAAGGCAUGGGGGCCAUGAGGGGCAUGGGGGGAAUGGGGGGCAUGGGGGGAAUGGGAGGAAUGGGGGGAAUGGGGAGCAUGGGGGGUAUGGGAGGAAUGGGGGGGAUGGGGGGCAUGGGCAUGGGUGGGGGCAUGCGUGGAGGCAUGGGUGGGGGCAUGGGUGGAGGCAUGGGUGGGGGCAUGGGUGGGGUCAUGGGGGCUUAUGAUUCGAUGGGGCAUGGUCGGGGUGGGAUGGGUGGGAUGAGGCCUGGGGCUGGUGCUGCUGGUGGGAUGGGUGCUGGGGCAUCAGCAGGUGCUGGUGGUGGUGGCAUCAAGUUGGAAGGGCUUGAUAUCAAGCCUCACGCCUUCGAGGCAGCGCCAAUGGAGGGCGUGGAGAUGGAGGAAGCUGUGCAGGGUGUCGAGGCACCUUUUAACGAGGAUAGAAACGCUUCCGCGGCGGAGCCAGGAUCGAGCACCGCGGAACACUUUGAGGCGACGGAUGCGGGCUUCGCGGCGCCCGAUGCGGCGCCGGGUGCGGCGGCUGAUGGGGGUUACUCGGCGCACGAGAGCGCGGCAGCGGCGGCGGCGUCGGAGCUAGAAGGCGACGGACGGGAAGCGGAAGGAGCGGCGGCAGCGCCGACGACGGUGAUCACGGAAGAUGCUGAGAAUCUUCUGGACGACAUGCUGGGAGAGUCUGAACCUACUGCCGAGCCUACUGCGGCUGAGCCUGUUCCUGCAAUCACUGGUGUUGCUGGGGAGGUUCCUGCCGAUGCUAUCCCCGAGGCUCCUCCCGCUGCCGCAGAAACACCUGCAGAGGAAUCUGCUCCUGCAGAGGAAACGGCACCAGCUGAGGUGGCAGCAGCAGGCACGCUAGAGGGAACUGGAACUGGUGCAGAGGAACCUGUUGCUGCAGAGGAAUCUGCUCCCGCAGAGGAGAGUCAACAGCAGGGUGGUAACCAGGAGGAGUCUGUUCCGCCAGUGGGGGACACACAGGGAGAGGGGGAAGCGGCUCCGCCAGUAGAGGGGCAGCAGGAACAAGAGCAGCCCAUAACGGGUAUGGGCAUGGAUGUGAAGGUGGACCAGGGAGGCCUGGAAGGGGGGCAGAUGGUGGGGGGAGAGGGGGAGGUUAUGGGGGAGGGAGAGCAAGGGUUGGGAGAGUAUGUGGCAGAGCAUAUGGGAGAGCAUAUAGAUGAGCAGGAGGAGGAUGAAGCACUUCGGCUUCGGAUGGGUAUGGAUGUGAAACCUGAUGGGGAAGCGUUGGAAGGCGCGCAGUUAUUGGGGGGAGAGCCACAGAUGGAAGGGGGGGAAGUAGCGCAUCGGGAAGGGGAGAUGGCGGAGGGGGGAGCGGUUGCGCAGGGGGGAGUGGGGGGAGAGGCGCAAUACGAGCAGCAGGUUGGCGGAGUGGGCAGUGCAGGAGGGGAGCACGGGGCGCAACCGCAUGAAGGGGAGGCGCAGGCGGGGGGAGAUCUUGGUGGGGAGGCGCAUGGGGGGGGGGAGCAUAGGGGGGAAGAGUAUGCAGCGCAGGAGCAUGGGGGCGGGGACUACGGGGCACAGGGGUAUGUGGGGGAGGCUUAUGCGGGGCAGCAGCAGGAGGGGGAGGCUUAUGCGGGGCAGCAGCAGCAGGAGGGGGAGGCUUAUGCGGGGCAGCAGCAGGAGGGGGAGGUGUAUGCGGGGCAGGAGCAGCAGGGGGAGGUGUAUGCGGGGCAGGAGCAGCAGGGGGAGGUGUAUGCGGGGCAAGGUGCGGGAGGAGACGUGGAAAUGCACGCGCAGCAGCAAGGGGCGGUGGUGGGGGAGGGAGGAGAGGUGGGGGAAGCGGAAGCAGCACAUAUGGCUGGGGGCGGGGAGGGGUACACUGACGCGGUGACCCAUGAAGGGUAUGCAGCAGAAGCAGGGGCGCAAGAAGGGUACACUCAAGGGAUGGGGAUGGGUAAUGAGGGGUACGCUCAGGAGGUCGCUCAGGGGGAGCAGGGGGAGCCUCAGGUUGGGUACACGGGCGAGCAGGCACAUGAGGGGUAUGGGCAAGAGGGGUCGCAUGCGUAUGCGGUCGGUGGGGAGGCAGGAGGGUAUGCCGAGGGGCAGAUGGAGGGACACGUGGAGGGGCAGAUGGAGGGACACGUGGAGGGGCAGAUGGAGGGACACGUGGAGGGGCAGAUAGAGGGACACGCGGCACAGCCUUACGAGGAAGGGGGGAUGGCAGCGGAAGGGCAUGCGGAAGGGGAAACCACAGCAGGAGGUAUUGCAGUAGGAGAAGCAGUAGGAGGGGAACCUGCAGCAGGGGAGGCAGCAGCAGCGGCAGCAGGAGGAGGAGGAGGAGAUGGGGUGGGGGCAGCAGAAGGGGCAGGAGCAGGUGGGAAAGAGAUGGUUCUGGCUGGCACAGAGGCAACGGAUCGGAUUCUAUCAAGUGUGGAGGCGGCAGAUCUGAUUCUGAUGCAGCAGCAGCUGCCACAGCCGCCGCCCGGGCCGGCCGUGGGGAACCUGAUGAUGCUACCCAUGCUGCUGGAUCAGAUCGAGGCACACAUUUUGUUCUACGGACGCAUAUUUCGCAAGGAGCCUUUGGAGGAGGAGCUCCGGAAUCUCGUCUUUGCCUCCAUGCCCUCAGGUACCGCCUUCCCCAGAUAA